AUGUCGACUAACAAGAAAGCCUUAAUUGAUACUUACAGAGUGCAGGAAUCGGACAGCAACUUUUUUGAAAGUUUUACGGCCUUAUCAUGGAGACAAGAAAAUAAAAGACUACGGGCAGCAUCCGAUGAUGAUCAUGAUAGACACCCUCCUUCAGAAAGCCAGUUUGCCAUCAAACCAGAGGUACAGCGUCUGUCAAAGAAAGAGUUUGAGCUUCUGUACAUUGAGGUUUUAUACACCAUCAAGCACAAGAUAGGGACUACAGCAGGUGGACAUUUGCCUUACAUACAGGACCUGUAUCAGUAUGCCCAGGAAGCCUUCAGAAUCUCACCCGAGGACCACGCACGACUGCUGGCAAAGGCCACAGAGGAAAAGCCACCCAUUGUUAUACUUAAUGUGACAGUCAUCAAAGCUCGAGAUUUAGAAGCCAAAGAUGCAGAUGGUUUCAGUGACCCCUAUUGCAUGCUGGGAAUCAUGCCGGGUCGUCUGUUGGAGCAGGAUCUCUCCAGUACAGCUGUAGCCCUCUCCGACGAGGAGGACCAUCAUAAGAAGGAGGAGAAGAAACGUGGGGGGAGUCUCAGGAAAUUCUCCCUCUCCAAGAAAAAGAAGGACAAGACCGUGAAGGAACUCCUGCCAGCUAAGCUGAUCAAAACCACAGACGUCAAGCCAAACACUGUCAAUCCGGUGUGGGAGGAAAAGUUCAGAUUUGAUCUGGAUGAUGUUCGCUCUGACAGACUACAUUUAGACAUUUGGGACCAUGAUGAGGAAUUCUCAGUAAUUGAUGCUGCUAAGAAGCUGAAUGAGGUCCAGAGUAUGAAGGGACUGGGGAGGUUCUUCAAGCAGGUGGCUCAGUCAGCCAGACCCAGGAGGAAGGGAGGAGAUAUUGAUGACUUCCUCGGCUGUGUCACAGUUCCCAUCAAAGACAUUCCGUCGACAGGAGCGGAGAAGUAUUUCCAGUUACACGGCAGAUCCAGUAAAUCUAACAUCCAGGGAGAGAUCAAACUGAGGCUCCAGCUGGCGACGCGCGAGGACCGAGGACUGGAGGAGGAGGACAACUGGACGGACGUCAGGCAGCACGAGGACCUCAUCUGUCUCUUCAUCGAGCACGAAGUCAGGAGGCUCAGGGAACCAUCAAGUACUUGGAAUGGUAAUUUACCUAAAGCUGCCACAACCAUUUUACAUCAACAUGCCAUCCAGGGGGAUGUCACAGAUGUUCAACAGGCAGUUUGCAGAUGGAUGGCCUACAGCAGGAAGCACAUGGAGUAUACCUUUAGUUAUGAACUUCUUCUUAGACUGUUAGAAGACUUGGACAAUAAAUGGACAGCUGAUUCCUUGUCACGAGAAGAGGAGCAGUGUUUGAAUGAGUCGUUUUCCACCUUCAAAGACUACUGUACAAGCUUGAUCAAAAAACGUAGAGAGGUUUACCCUUAUUGCAACAAACAUGCUUUGAAUCGACUUCACCAAAUGAUCAAAGUGUUGGUGAAAAUCUACAGCAUGAAAGUCUUCAAAUAUGUGUGUCCCUUUGCCAAGGAAUUGCACUCAGAAAUUAUCACAGCUGCAAAGAGAGGAACACUUGAAUGGUAUGAACGAGCAAUUCAUAUGGCUAGAAAGCAAUCCAAGCGCCACACGGCAGACCAGGAGGAGGACAUUAUAUACAGCUUGAUUGAUCUGACCAACUGUCUCAAUGCUGAUCUGUACGGGACUAUCAACGAAUACCAGAAAAUAUUUAACUUAGUUGCCAACGUCGACUAUUUCAGUGUUACCUAUAAGCAACUAGAAAAAUUGCUCGGUGAAGAGUUCACUAACUGCAUGAAGAAGACAACGUUCAGUAAAGGAAACAAAGUAUUAGAGGGAAUGCUGGGAACGACCUACUUUGAGCUGUACCUAGCUCUACAAGAGUUCUGUAACUAUGGAUGGGAGCACCUUCCUGAAAAUCAUGACCCUUUAGAAAUAGAACACUACUACAAAUGGUUCCAUUUUGCUGUAACUCAGUGGAUUUCUGUGGCACAGGAGAAGGCUAUCCAUCGAAUACACAAAGCCAUUGAGCUUGAUAAGACAGCUGAUGUAGGAGGAGGAGGAGCCAAGUUCAGCACCUCGGCUGUUGAUGUGUGCUGUUGUUUCUCUCAGAUUUCAGAGUUCUGGAGACAGCUUGCCUGGCCUGAUCUUGUCGAUGCAUAUUCCAUGGUCUCAAAAUUAACAAAGGAUAUGUGUGAAUGUGCAAAGAUAUAUGCCGACUCGGUCCACCAGAAACUCAUUGACAAAGGCUAUUAUGAUGAGGAAGGACAAUUUGAUGUCACAGAACAGCUGUGUAUUACUAUAAAUAACAUUGAACAAGUUCGGAGGGCCUUAAAACAACUUCCAGAAACAAUGAAUUUUGUGGAAAUACAGCAUGCAGUGGAGCAGAGUCAUGAGACGGAAUCAAAAGAGAAUCUGCACACCACAGUGAGGGAGGCUGACCAGAUCAUGUUGGAGAAGAUCCAGCAAGUGGUGGAUCGUGUGGCUGAUAAGAUGCGUCCAGACAUUAAGAGUGAUGUAUUCCAUUUGAACUGGGCCCCAGAAUCUGUUCCAGCUGAGGAGGCUGUUGAGGAUCUGAUGAAGUACCUGGACAGUAACCUUUUGACCUUGAACCAGUACCUACUUAAGUCCAACUUUGACCGGAUCCUUCAGUCCAUCUGGGUGGAAGUCCUCGAGGAAUUCAACGACGUUCUAGUCACGGAAGAAUCGAGGAUGCCUGUCAUAUACAAAAGAAUGUAUGAAGCCUUAGGACUGUUGGUAGAUUUCUUUCAUGCUGAUGAGAAAGGAUUAGAAAUGAAGAAAAUAACAAUAGAAGAGUAUAUUAAAUUGAAAAAAUUGCUGUCCCUAUAUAAGAAAGACACUUUGAAGUUAAUUACAAUUUUCUACGAAGAGAAACUCAAACAACAGGCUGAGUUUAAAUCUAAAGAAUUUGGAGUAUUAAAUGUUAGAAUGUGCUACAGAAAUGAAACAGGCACCAUGUUCGUUGAAAUAUUAAAUGCAAAGGAUGUCAUUCCAUUGGAUGCAAAUGGAUUUAGCGAUCCCUAUGUAUUGAUACAGUUUUGUCCAGAGCAUAUUUUCCAUGAUGUCCCAGUGCAGAAAACCAGCAUUAAGAAGAAAACACUCAACCCAGUGUUUGAUGAAUCAUUUGAAUUUAAUGUGUCAAUAGAGCAGUGUAGGAAGAGAGGAGCAGUGCUGGUGUUUACUGUGAUGGACCAUGAUUAUGUGUUUGAGAACGACUUCGCGGGAGAGGCGUAUGUGGAUCUGUGUAACAUUCCAGGGGUGGAUGGACAAGAUGUCUCCGGGUUCGAUUCCCUCGCUAUUACUGCCUUACCCUUAAUGCAGCCUCAACACAAAGUGGUGCUUAUACUGUUACAGAGCUCUAGGUGGUUUGAGAGUGAUCUACCGCCCUCUAUGGGGGGAUAUGUUCACCCGGCUUUUCAGAAAGUUUACGAUGUAUUCAAGGAAAACAUCGAGACAAACAGAGAGAAGGCGGCCUGUUUUUCUGCCUAUUACAAGGGGGAGUUAGUGGUGGAUCUAUGGGGCGGAUACUCGGACAUUGAGGCGGGGCGGCCCUGGCAAAAUGACACCCUGUCCAUCAUGUUUUCUACAACCAAAGGAGUUACCGCCAUCAUCGUGGCACUCUUCGUGCAAAGAGGCUACUUGGACUACAAGAAGCGGGUGUCCUAUUACUGGCCGGAGUUUGGGAAGAAUGGCAAGGAGAAUAUAACUGUAGAUAUGUUACUAAGUCACCAGGCUGGAUUAUCCAUUACAAAAGGAACUAUUGAUAUACGGCUUCUGAAAACAAACCAAACAAAAGUGGAGAAGUUUUUGGAGGAACAGGAGCCGGUUUGGAUACCAGGUACAGCAUACUCAUACCAUGUAAUAACCUUUGGAAUGUAUGUUGACGUGUUGUUGAGAAAGGCGGAUCCAAAACACAGAAAUGUGGACCAGAUUUUUAAAGAGGAAAUAGCAGAACCUUUUGAUAUUGACAUCCACUAUGGACUGCCAAGAAGCGAGCUGCACCGUAACUCGAGAUUUGUUCCGCUGACUCUGACCAAUAUUGUGAAACAUACAGUACAGUCAUUUAGUCUGAAUCAGCUCAACAUCUUCUUUACUCUUAUGAAUCCUACAUCAAUGUUUACAAAGGCGAGCUAUUCUGGAUUUAAUCAGGAGCUAACGUUUGCUGCCUUCAACAAUCCAGAUUUAAAUCAAAUUCCUCUGACGUCAUUUCUCGGUUUUGGAAAUGCUCGGUCAUUGGCCAAGCUCUGGGGAAUUUUGGCCAAUGGAGGGACCUAUAACAACAGAACCCUCCUAAAUCCGACGAUGAUUAAUCUACUUGGGACCCCUUUAGUAACUGGACGCAGUAUAGACGGGUUGCUCGACACAACAGUUGGUCGAGGUGUAUUUUUCUUACCAACUCCUCAGGGACAUUUAUCGUUUGGACAUCCAGGUUAUGGUGGACAAACAGCCUAUGUCGACGUCAAGAAUAACGUCGGGAUCGGAUAUCUCACGAGCUACCUCAAGUCUUUCACGCUCGGAGACGACGUGCAGUUUCUCGAGUACGAAGCAGCGUUCUACGAGUGUUUAGAAAAAUAUGCAAAAGGAAAUACUUAAGACUUAAAAUUAUUAUUUUUUUUUUUUUUGAAAAUAAUUAUAUUCACAAAAAUUAGAUAACAUACUGCGGAACCAUAUUUACUUGCGGGAGUCAGUGUUCGUGGACAAGCAAACUUUUACUUCGAAUUGACAUUAUUGGUAGAUUCAGUGAAUCAAUACAAUAACAUUACUAACGACCUUGGAAUGUUAAUUCGUGGAUUAAAUAAACUCACAUAAUCCACGAACAUUGGUCCUCAUUGGUCCUCAACACAUUAUGGUCAUACAUACUGUAGGUUACAGUUGAUAAACUAAUUUUAGCAAUUGUAAACUAAAUACGGUAUAUGUACGAGGGUUGUCCCAAAAUUCUGUAGACAAGCGUUUUUUGUAGGAACAUAUGUCUUUCAUGAAUGAAACUUCGUAUAUAGAUGAAACCAACACUAUCUAAUAAAUUUAUGGACAAACAUGGAGUAACUACACAAAUUAUUCCAAUUUAAAAGACGCAUUUCAUUGGCUGGUGUAGGAAGGUGGCGCAAUACCCAAAAGUUGCAGUAUAUUAUAUUUAAAUUUCUACGAUAAAGUAAUUACUACCCUGUAUUUUUUUAAUGGAAAUGAAAAUUCUUAAUACCGUUUUAUUAACUAUAUUUCUUCAAAUUUUGGUGUUUAUGCUUUGAUGAAUAUGAAUUUUUAUAAUGUUUUAUAUACAUGGGGUUGAAAUCCGACUUUUUGAAAAAUGGCGGCUGUGCAGUGUUUUGAUCCUCUAUUCACCCUCACAGAAAUGUACCAGUCAUAAAUGUUUGGUAGACCAGAAAACUUUUUCUCGUCCUUAGUUUUAAAAUGACUAAAAAGGUUUCUCUAUGUAUAUGUGAAUAACAGUAAGUAAAAUAAAAGACAAGGCUAAAAACUGGACAAGAGUUCCACUGUGCAACUCCAUUAGAGAAAGCAGACCAAAAGUCCGUAGAAAUAUAGCGUUUUCAAAUUAUUAUUAUUUCAUACCUGUACAUGCAUAUACUUUGUUAACGUAUUUUUAAAUGUUUGGUCAUAUCAUAGUAAUUAAGAUAUUUUACAUUUAUAACUAUAACCGUUUCGUUUAGAUUAAGAAUUUUAUUCUGGUAAUUGAAAUAUUUUCUCCAAAAAUUUGAAUCGUUGACAUUUGUAUUUUUUGACGUUGCAGAUUGCUCCGGGUGUUAGAGAACUAUAUCACUUUGAAUGUUAUUACUCGAAAAUUUUUCAAGUAAACAUGAUAAAACUUCGUAAUUUUAAAUAUCUGCCAAGAACACGCUUUAUCCACCUUGAAAAUUUUAUAAAGAUACAUUAAUUUCUUUUAAAGGUCUGAGCUCAGUCUAUGAAAUUUUGGGACAACCCUCGUACAAGUACUUUGUCUUAUUUUCUACUCCUUUUUUUAUUUUUUAUACAAGUUAUGUAAAAAUUAUGAAUGUACUUUUCCAUUACAAAGACUGAACAUUAAAAUUUCUUGUAUAUUUGUUUACUUCAAAUAACUUAUCAUUUACAUUAUUAACAGUGAUAAUGAUUUAUUAUUGUGGGUGAAUAGCAAAGGGAGUAGAGUAUAAAUUUCGUACAACGACAAGAAUUCUGAUAAAUUCACAAGAAGUAUAAUGUAAAUGUUCAUAAUCAAUUAAUAUAGAGCCCUACCAAGCACCUGAUGUCCAGAAUUUCACAAAUCUGGGUUUAAUAUAUCUCACUCCAGCAUGCUAGAGGUUCACAACGAGAUAUGUGAGGCGUGGCGCCGCGUAACCGGAGUAUAUAAAGAGUGAAUGGACGAGGCUCUUACUUGUAGGAGUGAGAAUACCUAAGCUCUUGAUCAUCACUAGUUCUGUUUCCCUCCUGAAUGACUAGGAGCUGAGAUUUUCCAAAAAUAAAAUCAUUUCAGUUUUUAGAGCCUUGCCUUAACACCGAGGCAGCAUGGCUUAUUCUAUCAGUGAUCUUUGUGAUCUUUGAUUUAUUGCUAAUACCAAAGAACAGAGAGGGAGAAAAGAAAUCAAAACAAUGCAUUUCUACUAUAUGGUCACAAUUAAAAACUCCUCCCUA